AUGUCCACAUGUCAGGAAAUGCAGAUAGACGUACCUUCCUACCUCGAAAAUAGUAAAAUCCUUGAUGCCUUUGCCUGGAAAGCAACGAAGUUUCUCCUCGAUCAUGGGGUCUCUGUCCAGCUCGCACUCUUGCUCUGCCUGGUGAUGGCAAAUCGAAGUGUUUACCACGCAAAAUUCAUGCCUGUACAAAUCACAGAGUAUCUAUACCAAGCUGGUUUUAAGGAUGUCAGUGAGUAUGACGACUAUGGAUAUACCCCAUCUAUGAGGUGUAUUGAAUGGAUAGGCGGCUCAUAUACCACAAAAAAUUUUCGAUUUGAAUUUACGCUAGAUAGCAUCGCUCUGCUUUGGUGGUACAUGUCUAAAGGGGUGGGUUUCCUCAAAUCUUAUGGUUUCUACAAUGAAACAUUGCUUCAUCGGAUUGCGAGAAGACUUAGAAGCUUUGUAGAAAUCCAAGAUUGCUCGCCAAUUAUCGACAUGCCCCAAUAUUUGGCACUAAAAAGUCUUGUGGUUAUGAAAAAGCAUGAUGAUUGCAUAUGCGCUUGCUCAAAUGGCGGUUGUCUUCCAGUCACCAGAAUGAUGGCUCUGAGACGAGAAUCGAGGUUCCCACAAGAUGCAGAGGACCAUAGGCGAGAGGGUAUUGACUACAGAUUGAAAAAGACAUAUCAAAUAAGUGAAUUUUUGGACAGUGAGGCAACGGAUUAUUCGUGGGUAGCUGAAAGUUUCUUCCGAGCCUUCACAUUUUCCAUGCUUGAACUCACCCACACAUGCUUCUGCGAGAAACAUCCAUCUGACCAUUCUACUGCGAGCGAAAUAGCAGAAAUUCGAGAAGAAGAAGCCGGCUUAAUCGAACAACUCGAUGAACUGGUUGCAGAAUCCCUAGAAAUGUUCCGAGCCUUCGAAGGCUCCUUGACUGCUUUCCUCAAAACCAAGUGGAAACCAAGAAUAGACGACUAUCUCGAGCAGAACGACGAAAAAAUGGAUGCGGAAAGCUUGCAGAAAAUAAGGGAGAUUGGAGUGAACAUGGAGUGA